AUGGCUCCAUCUUCCUUUCGGGCAAAAGGAUGGGAUCCACUCUUAAUUAUUGCUCAGAUCGUUUCACUACAGUCAGUCUACUAUAUCACCAUCAGCAUUCUCCUCCUCCUCGCUUUGGCAUUGACCGGUGAUGAGCUCUCCCUCGAUGCGAUACUCAACGACAAUGAAAUACGAACGGAUACUGUAUUCGGGUGGACAUUGGCACUUGUAUGGGUAGUAAAUGCUGCUAUUAGCAUACCUGUGAUCGUGUUUCUUAUUCAACGAGCCAAGCUUGUUCUCGACUUUGUUGCGACAUUGCAUGGAAUUCAUAUGGUGCUUAUUUGGUCACAUACGGGUCAUUUUCCCACUUGUGGAGCAUGGUGGGUGUUACAAGUUGUGAGCAUUAUUGGCAUGACACUUGGCGGUGAAUGGGCUUGUAUGCAACGCGAAAUGGAACCUAUCCUCGUAACCAGUGGCAACAAAAACAAAGCGACUCGAAACCGCGACUCUGACAACAAUCAACAGCAGCAGCAACAAGCACCCUCUUCUUCAUCAACAACAGCAGGAGCAGCAGGAGCAUCAUCGUCAUCGUCAUCGAAUAUGAUUGAGACUGAACAGGAGGAUUGGGUCCAUCUCAGCAGCAGCAGCAAGAAAAAGAGGAAAACAUCCGAUGUAUCAUCAGCUAUUUCAGACGAUGAGCAACAAGAACAAGAACAGCAAGCACCCUUUACACGUGUUGUGGGGAAGGCAAGGCAAGCAUUAGUAAAAGGUGCACAGCGUGCAACAUCAGGGAGCAAAGGCAAACUCUAUGAUAUCAUCCCCAUGAAGGACGUCGAUGGCUCAUCCUCUUAG